AGAGUAACCGCCUAGUCUUAACAAACUCACUCUGCUCUGACUGCGGAAAAAAAACUAUUUAAACAAUUAUGAUGAUUUAAAUUUAAUCGUCGUUGACAAAUUACUUAGCAUAUUCAUCUCUAUUCAAGCUCGGAAUUGGAGCCCAGUUUUGCGGAAUUUCAUUUUAUCUCUUUAUUCCUUGUCGUUUCGCCAUCAAUUUCUGCUUUCUGGAUUCCAUUUUUCAUUGUAAAGUAAAGCUUACUUGCAGUUUCGCGACCUUGCUAGGUACCUCUCUUUUUCUGUUUGGUGCAAUUAUGAUCAAAAUUGCAAUAUUUGUGCUGAAAAUCGAAGGAAGGGGGCUUUUGAAUCUACAAGGUUUUGGUUGUUGAGGCGUGGUGUGGUGUGUGGGGUUGGAUAUGCAGUAAGAUUUGGUUAUCGAUGUCGCAAUCGACGACGAAGAAGAGCAGCUGCUCAAGGGGAAGCUCAGUGAGGUCGAGGUCAGGCGCUCGUGUACUGAUUCAGACCCCAAUCGACGCGAAGCUCCAUGUGGAUUACGAGCAAUCGGAGCAGCAAUUUGAUUACUCGACUUCUGUUAAUGCGUCUAGCGAUGUUCCGUCUUCGACGGUGUCAGCUUAUCUCCAGAAGAUGCAGAGGGGAAGCCUAAUUCAGCCUUUUGGUUGCUUGAUUGCUGUCGAUGAAGAGAGCUUCAGCGUGUUGGCGUAUAGCGAGAACGCCUCAGAGAUGCUGGACUUGGUUCAUCACGCGGUUCCGAACAUGGAGCAGCAAGAGGUGUUGAGCUUCGGCGUUGAUGUGCGGACUCUUUUCCAGCCCUCGGGUGCUGCUGCACUGCACAAGGCAGCCAAUUUUGGGGAAGUGAAUGUGCUUAAUCCGAUACUGGUCCACACCAGAAGCUCUGGUAAGCCCUUCUAUGCCGUCCUACACAGGAUUGAUGUUGGAUUGGUUAUAGAUCUCGAGCCUGUGAAUGCAUCUGAUGUGCCAGUGACAGCUGCUGGGGCUUUGAAAUCUUACAAGCUUGCAGCAAAAGCCAUCUCUAAGCUGCAGUCUCUCUCCAGUGGGAAUAUAUCGCUGUUGUGUGAUGUGUUGGUUAGAGAGGUGAAGGAUUUAACUGGUUAUGACCGUGUGAUGGUUUAUAAGUUUCAUGCAGACGAGCACGGGGAGGUUAUUGCAGAGUCCUGCGGCCCGGACUUGGAACCCUAUCUCGGGUUGCACUACCCUGCCACUGAUAUACCACAGGCAUCGAGGUUCCUCUUCAUGAAGAACAAGGUUAGGAUGAUAUGUGAUUGCUUAGCACAGCCUGUUAAAGUCACUCAAGACAAGGCAUUGGCUCAACCCUUGAGUCUAGCUGGAUCCACCUUGAGGUCUCCACAUGGCUGCCAUGCCCAAUACAUGGCAAACAUGGGUUCUAUUGCGUCAUUGGCCAUGUCUGUUACGAUAAACGAGGAGGAUGAUGAUGAGACUGAUAGCAAUCAGCAGAAGAGAAGAAAGUUAUGGGGUUUGGUGGUUUGCCACCAUUCCACCCCUAGAUUUGUCCCUUUCCCCUUGAGGUAUGCAUGUGAGUUCUUGAUUCAGGUUUUCGGUGUUCAAAUCAACAAGGAGGUUGAGUUGGCCGCUCAACUGAGGGAGAGGCAUAUUCUGCGAACUCAAACUGUGCUUUGUGAUAUGCUGCUCAGAGAUGCCCCAACAGGCAUUAUAAAUCAGUCGCCUAAUGUGAUGGACCUUGUGAAGUGCGAUGGAGCUGCACUUUACUACCGCAAAAAGUGCUGGUUGCUUGGGGUCACACCUACAGAGGCACAGAUUAGAGAUAUAGCUCAAUGGCUUCUAGAAUCCCAUGGUGGCAGUACUGGAUUAAGCACAGACAGCCUCACAGAUGCAGGCUAUCCACAUGCCUCGGUUCUUGGUGAUGCUGUAUGUGGAGUCGCUGCUGUGAAAAUUACUUCCACCGAUUUCCUGUUUUGGUUCCGGUCCCAUACAGCAAAGGAGGUCAAGUGGGGUGGUGCAAAACAUGAUCCUGUGGACAAAGAUGAUGGGAGGAAAAUGCAUCCACGGUCAUCAUUUAAAGCCUUCCUGGAGGUGGUGAAGAGAAGGAGCCUACCGUGGGAAGAUGUAGAAAUGGAUGCAAUCCAUUCGUUGCAGCUUAUAUUGAGAGGAUCUCUGCAAGAUGAUGUAGCAGAUGAUUCCAAAAUGAUUGUGAAUGUUCCAGCAGUUGACACAAGUAUUCAGAGGGUGGAUGAACUGCGUGUUGUUACUAAUGAAAUGGUUCGCCUCAUUGAAACUGCGUCCAUACCUAUUUUGGCUGUAGAUGCCUCUGGUUGUAUCAAUGGCUGGAACACUAAAGUGGCCCAACUUACUGGUCUAGAUAUGAGUAAAGCUCUUGGUACACCAUUCCUUGAUCUGGUAGCCCAUGAUGCUGCUCAGAGUAUGAAUCGCAUGCUAUCCCUAGCUUUGCAAGGCAAGGAAGAGAGGAAUGUGGAGAUGAGGCUGAAAGCAUUUGAUUCUGAGGAAGACAAUGGUCCUAUAAUCUUGGUGGCUAAUGCAUGUUGUAGUCGAGAUGUGAAGGGAAAUAUAAUUGGCGUUUGCUUUGUUGGGCAAGAUGUUACUGGGAAAAUGAGGAUAUUGGACAAGUACAAUCGCGUGCAUGGUGAUUAUGUUGGUGUUGUGAGGAACCCUUGUCCACUGAUUCCUCCUAUCUUUAUGAUGGAGGAGCACGGGCGAUGUGUGGAAUGGAAUGAAGCUAUGCAAAAGAUAUCUGGUGUGAAGAGGGAACAAGCCAUUGAUCAAAUGCUUGUUGGGGAGGUCUUCACUGUCCAUUCUUUUGGCUGUCAGGUGAAAGACCAGGACACGCUAACGAAGCUCAGGAUAUUGCUGAGUGGUGUUGUUGCCGGAAAAGAAGCUGAUAAGCUCGUGUUUGGUUUUUUCGAUCAUCAACAUAAAUAUGUGGAAGCAUUGAUUUCAGCAAGCAGGAGGACGGAUUCAGAAGGCAAGAUCAGUGGAGUGCUGUGCUUUCUUCACGUCUCUAGUCCUGAGCUUCAACGUGCUAUAGAGAUGCAAAAGGCGAGUGAAGAGGCUGCAUCAGAUACUCAGACAAAGUUAGCUUACAUCCGCAGUGAAAUGAGAAAUCCAUUGAGUGGGAUAAAGCUUGUUCAGGACAUGAUGGAAUCCUCCUCCGAUUUGAGUAAAGAACAGACGCAGCUACUCAACACUAGCAGAUUAUGCCGCGCACAAUUGGCCAAAAUCAUCAGUGAUACUGAUAUUGAGAGCAUCGAAGAAAGUUACAUGGAGAUAAAAUCGGACGAGUUCAAUCUGGGGGAGGCAUUACAAGUGGUGAUGAAUCAAGUGAUGAGCCUGAGCCGGGAGCGAGAGGUGCAGAUCAUGAAGGAGGUGCCCGGUGAAAUGUCGAGUAUGUACCUGUACGGCGAUAUGUUGAGACUCCAGCAAGUGCUCUCAGACUUUCUGGGUACUGCAGUGUCCUUCACUCCUCCACUUGAAGGAUCAAGAGUUGUUUUGAGACUGAUUCCCAGAAAGGAGUGCAUAGGCAGGCAGAUGCAUGUUCUCCAUCUUGAAUUCCGGAUUAGUCAUCCAGCACCAGGAAUCCCAGAAGAGUUGAUACAAGAGAUGUUCUAUCAUAACAAGAGCUCGACGUCGUCGUCGUCAUCGUUGCCGUCGACUCGGGAAGGUCUGGGUCUGUACAUGAGCCAGAAGCUCGUCAAGAUCAUGAAUGGCAGCGUGCAGUCUAGGGACUCCGAGCAGGCCUGUUUCAUUGUUCUUUUGGAAUUUCCAAUAGUUCUUCGUAAAUGAUCCAUCAAAUUCACCAACACCAAUACCAAUAAUUAUAUAUUCUUCCUAAACCUUCACCUCUCUUCAGUUUUCUGGAUUAGGACGGAAUUUAGUCUCAUGAAUCACGAUAUAUUGUACAGUUUGACGAACUCUGGCCUCGAGAUAAUGUUACGUAGGAUUAAUUUUACCUUA